UAGAUAUAUGCUUUUAGAGAGGUCACCCCGUGGCAGAAAUAUGAUAUCGAUCUUGUCAAAAUUGAUUCGCCCAGUUGCAAGGUGCGUGAAAUACGAAUCGCAUCUUGGUAUAUUUAGAAAUCAAGGAAACAGUUUGCGUAUCGCAAUGCGAAAUUAUACCAAUCGACCAAUUUACAAGACACGAUUGGCUUUUCCGACGGACUACGACAGAGUAAUGACUUUUAUGAUUGACGCGUACUACAAGGGCGACCCAACUAUGGUGAACAUUGGUUUGGACGAACAAGAACCCGCGCCGUCACUGUUAAAAAUGAUGCACGACGAUCUCCAAGAGGGUAUGACAAUAAUUGCCGAGGGAGAGGACAAUUGUAUCGUAGGUGCCGCGGUGAACGCUGGCUCCUGUCCUUGGGAUCCCGACAAGUUCGUCGAGCUCGCUAGAUGCUGCGAAUGCGGGCCGACCCGCGACGUGAUCGAGUUCGGCGCUUACGUGACCUGUAAGCCGAAUCUCUGGGAGCGCUUCUGCGUUCUCAAGAUUUUCGAGUGCAGCUAUCUCGCGGUCAGACCGGACUUCCGGAACCAGGGUAUUGCUAGAAAGCUCGUGCUAGAUAGCUGGUAUCUUGCGCGCGAUUGCGGCUAUCGAUUGUUCCGUGUUGACUGCAACAAUAGAUAUGUCGCACGGGUUGCGGAAGGUUUCGGUUGGAAACGAGUAUGCACAAUACCGUAUCAUGAAUAUGUAAAGGAUGGCAAACUUGUUUUUAAGCAUAUUAAGGAGCCACAUACCGAAGUGCAGACUUACAUUGAUCAAGUUACGUUUUGCAAGGAUUACUGUCCGCCUUACAAGAAAUGUGAAACGACGUCAGCGCCGAAAAUAAAAGAUUAAUACUGUCUUGAUAAAUAUCUAUCUAAGUUGAGAUGCUUCGUCAAUAAAAUUAAUAAAUAUUUUAUAGAAAUAUACUGUGCAGUGCAUUCGUAUUAUACAUCUAGCCUUUUGUUUCUUGUGCCCAAAUCACAUGGUGAGAACUAUUUGUAAGGACAUUUUUAAAUCUGAUGUAAAUAUGAUUCUUCAUACAAAUUGAAAUUGCUAAAGUAAAUAUUUAUAAUCUA